UCUCUAUAAACCUUUAAAUGGUAUUAUGGAAACCAAUACUAAAUUAAAGAAAAUGUGUUUUUAAUUCAAUCACUAUUAGACAAACCGGAAAUUAUUUAAUAGACAAAAUAUAUUUGAUUUUCUUAUUUCAUAACGUUUAAGGAAAACAGAGGGUGCUUCUCUGGACCACAAAAAUAUACAUUUUCAUUGUGUUUGCUUUUGUUCUAAAAUAAAACAGCAUAUUGUUACCAAAAAAUAAAAUAUUUGAUUGUUAUUUAUAGCUUUAAAAGCAUAUAAAAUUAAACAAAUGUAUUUUUAUAUAUAAAAAAGAAAUUGUGUUAAUACAAAAAUUAAGUGUAUAUACAAAUAGUUUUAUUGGUCAUUAAAGAAAAACAGCGAGGAAACAAGUUGCCUGCAAAUUGGCAAUUGAAGAAAAAUAUGUGGCAUAAUAUUGUGGCAGUGUUGCUGCUAGCAAUUAUUCUACAAUCAAACGUAAAUGCUGAUUCCUACAGUGAUUACUUUUCGGACUAUGAAUGCAACACACCGUUAAUGGAGAGGGCCGUGCUAACGGCCACCUCUGCACUCAAUGAUCGUGGACCCGAAAAAGCUCGUUUAAAUGGUAAUUCGGCAUGGACUCCCGUUGAAAAUACUUACAAUCACUUCUUAACUAUUGAUUUGGGCUAUAAAAGCACUACACGUAAAAUAGCCACUAUGGGACGGCCAUUAACUAAUGAAUAUGUUACUGAAUAUAUUGUACAAUAUUCAGAUGAUGGUGAAUAUUGGCGUUCCUAUGUUAAUCCAUCUAGUGAGCCACAGAUGUUCAAAGGCAACUCCGAUGGCAAUUCCAUACACUACAAUGUUUUUGAAGUACCAAUUAUAGCACAAUGGAUACGUAUAAAUCCCACACGUUGGCACGAUAGAAUUUCUAUGCGUGUUGAACUUUAUGGUUGUGAAUAUGUUGCUGAAAAUCUGUACUUUAAUGGCACCGGCUUGGUGCGUUACAAUUUGUUGCAAGAGCCCAUUGCUUCGACCCGUGAAUCCAUACGUUUUCGCUUUAAAACGGCUAAUGCCAAUGGCAUACUAAUGUACUCGCGUGGCACCCAGGGAGAUUACUUUGCCCUGCAAUUGAUGGAGAAUAAAAUGGUGUUGAAUUUGGAUUUGGGUGGUGGUAUUAUGACUUCGCUGUCGGUGGGCAGUUUAUUAGACGAUAAUGUUUGGCACGAUGUAGUCAUAUCACGUAAUCGUCGCGACAUUAUAUUCUCAGUAGAUCGUGUUAUAGUACGUGGCCGCAUUAAGGGUGAAUUUAGUCGUUUGAAUCUUAAUCGCGAACUGUUGCUGGGCGGUGUGCCCAAUGUUCAGGAAGGCAUAUUUGUUACACAAAACUUUACCGGCUGCAUGGAGAACAUAUUCUUCAAUUCCACCAAUUUCAUUAGAGAUAUGAAAGAUAAUUACGAAAGAGGUGAUACUUAUCGUUACAACAAAGUUAAUACCGUGUAUGCCUGUCCUUCACCACCCAUCUAUCCGGUUACCUUUACUACACGCGGUUCAUUUGUGCGUCUAAAGGGCUAUGAGGCUCAAAAGUCACUCAAUAUUUCGUUCUAUUUCCGCACCUACGAAGACAAGGGCAUGAUGUUGCAUCAUGAAUUUGCUUCUGGCGGUUAUGUGCGCGUUUUCCUAGACUUUGGCAAAGUAAAGGUGGAUUUGAAGUUAUCUGAUAAGCCUCGUAUUAUUUUGGACAACUACGAUGAUCAAUUCAAUGAUGGCAAAUGGCAUUCGUUUGUCUUGACCAUACAGCGCAAUCGUCUAGUCAUCGAUAUCGAUCAACGUCCCAUGGCCACCACCAAAAAUAUACAAAUAUCUACGGGUCGCCUGUACUACAUAGCUGGAGGUAUUGAGAAGAGCAAUGGUUUUGUGGGUUGCAUGCGUUUGAUUUUGGUUGAUGGUAAUUACAAACUACCCAAAGAUUGGGUACAGGGCGAAGAAGUGUGCUGUGGUGAUGAAGUUGUUGUGGAUGCCUGCCAGAUGAUUGAUCGCUGUAAUCCCAAUCCUUGUCAGCAUAGCGGAGUUUGUCAUCAAAACUCUAUGGAAUUCUUUUGUGAAUGUAGUCACACUGGUUAUGCAGGAGCUGUUUGUCAUACAUCCAAUAAUCCUUUGUCCUGUACUGCUUAUAAAAAUGCCCAAAGUGUUAAACCUCGCGUUAGCAUAAAUAUUGAUGUAGAUGGCAGUGGACCAUUGACCCCAUUCCCGGUUACUUGUGAAUAUUACACUGACGGACGCGUUAUUACAACAUUGGGCCAUAGCCAAGAACAUACCACAACUGUAGAUGGAUUCCAAGAACCCGGCUCUUUCGAACAGAACAUUCUCUAUGAUGCCGAUUUGCAACAAAUCGAAGCUCUAUUAAAUCGUUCUCAUACCUGUUGGCAAAGAUUAAGCUAUUCAUGCAGAUCUUCUAGACUUUUUAAUUCACCUUCUGAACCCGGCAAUUUCCGUCCGUUCUCUUGGUGGGUCUCACGUCACAAUCAACCUAUGGACUAUUGGGCUGGCGCUUUGCCCGGCUCACGUAAAUGUGAAUGCGGUAUCUUGGGUAAAUGUCAGGAUCCCACGAAAUGGUGUAAUUGCGAUUCAAACAGUUUAGAAUGGAUGGAAGAUGGUGGUGAUAUCAAAGAGAAAGAAUAUUUGCCAGUGAGAGCAGUUAAAUUUGGUGACACCGGUACUCCAUUGGAUGAGAAACAGGGACGUUAUACAUUGGGACCUUUACGUUGCGAAGGUGAUGAUUUGUUUAGCAAUGAAGUAACCUUCCGCAUAGCAGAUGCCACCAUAAAUUUGCCACCCUUCGAUAUGGGUCACUCGGGUGAUGUUUAUUUGGAAUUCAAAACCACCAUAGAGAGUGCUGUGUUAUUCCAUGCUACCGGUCCUACGGAUUACAUUAAAUUGUCUAUUAUUGGUGGCAAUAAGUUGCAGUUCCAAUAUCAAGCCGGCAGUGGGCCCUUGGGUGUGAAUGUGCAUACCAGUUAUCAUUUGAAUGACAACAAAUGGCAUACAGUUAGUGUGGAACGUAAUAGAAAAGAAGCCCGCUUAGUGGUGGAUGGCUCUAUUAAAGCCGAGGUAAGAGAACCACCAGGUCCGGUUAGAGCUUUACAUUUGACUUCUGAUUUGGUAAUUGGUGCCACCACUGAAUAUCGUGAUGGUUAUGUUGGUUGCAUACGUGCCUUAUUACUAAAUGGCAAAAUGGUGGAUUUGAAACAAUAUGCCCAGCGAGGUCUCUAUGGCAUUUCUUCCGGCUGUGUGGGUCGUUGUGAGUCUAGUCCUUGUUUGAAUAAUGGUACUUGUACAGAGGGUUAUGACAGUUAUUCUUGUGAUUGUCGCUGGAGUGCAUUUAAGGGACCCAUAUGUGCAGAUGAAAUUGGUGUCAAUUUACGCAGUAGCUCUAUGAUACGUUAUGAAUUUGAGGGCUCUUUCCGUUCUUCAAUAGCAGAAAAUAUACGUGUUGGUUUCACCACAACCAUACCUAAGGGUUUCCUCUUGGGCUUCUUCUCCAAUUUGACCGGAGAAUAUUUGACCAUACAAAUUUCCAAUUCAGGACAUUUGCGCUGUGUUUUCGAUUUUGGCUUUGAACGCCAGGAGAUAAUAUUCCCCAAAAAACACUUUGGUCUGGGCCAAUACCAUGAUCUGCGCUUUUCACGUAAAAAUAGUGGUUCCACCGUUGUCCUGCAGGUGGACAAUUACGAACCUGUCGAAUAUCAUUUCGAUAUUAAGGCUUCUGCCGAUGCUCAAUUUAAUAAUAUUCAAUACAUGUAUAUUGGUAAAAAUGAAUCGAUGACUGAUGGCUUUGUGGGCUGUGUAUCGCGUGUACAGUUCGAUGAUAUCUAUCCAUUGAAAUUGAUGUUCCAGCAAAAUCCUCCACAAAAUGUUAAAUCAUUGGGCACUCAAUUAACCGAAGAUUUCUGUGGUGUUGAACCUGUUACCCAUCCACCCACUGAGGUUGAGACCAGACCGCCUCCACUCAUUGACGAAGAGAAAUUGCGCAAGGCAUAUAAUGAAGUCGAUUCAGUAUUAUUGGGAUGUCUUCUAGUCAUACUUUUCCUAUUAUUGUGCUUGAUGAUCUUCUUGAUUGGUCGCUAUUUGCACCGACACAAAGGUGAUUAUCUAACACAUGAGGAUCACGGAGCCGACGGAGCUGACGAUCCCGAUGAUGCUGUAGUACAUUCAACAACCGGCCAUCAAGUAACCAAACGAAAAGAAUGGUUCAUAUAGUUUGGAAUGUCUCCAGUAGGCGAGUGGUCAACACGAUAAUAAACUUAAGCCGAAGUUAAGCAAUGAAAGAACGAGCAACAACACAGCAACAACCGCAACCAUUUUAAAAA